UAUUAUGUUAAAGUAAGAGCUUUUUUCCUCUAUCAGCUUACUUCUGGUGUUCACUCCUGGUGGUGCAGGCGUUUGUGUUCAUGCUGUUGGUCGUGAUCUUCUUCUUCAGCCACACACCUUCAACCACCACUCUGCCUCCGAUCCACAUCCCUCUAUGGCAGGUUCAGGAGCUGUUAAGAUACCAAGGGCGACUCCUCAAGAUUGGCAGCAGUGGCCAGUUAGAGGUUCUCCCAGACCGUCCUGAAAGAGGUACCACGUCCGAUGACCCCAAAGUUAUUGUUGAUGACGAAGCCAGUGAUUUUGUCAUUAAAGGAGGUGACGUGAUCAGUCCUCGUGAUGGUGAGGGAGGUGAUGUUAUCAGUCCUAGUGACAGUAAGGGAGGUGACAUGAUCAGUCCUCGUGACAGUGGAGGAGGUGAUGUGAACACUGGUCAUGACGAUGGAAAUGAUGCAAAUACUGUUCAAGGUGACGAGGAAGUAAACACCAACAUUGAUCAUGACAACGAGGAAGAACAGUCAACUAAGGAAUUUAUCCCAGACCAACCUGACACUUCUCCAGUACGAAAGCCUGCUCACAUCCCGAAGCGGUUUAUAAUUGAGGAGGCGGACUACUGCAAGAAAAGACCCAACCUGCAAGUGAUUGCCUAUGUCCAUUCCUCCAUUAUGCGGGUCACACAAAGGAUGCAGACCCGUCAGACCUGGGCCAACGCGUCUGCUUACAAUCUGGGGGAUAUAAGUGUUAAAGUUGGCGCUGUCUUCAUGGUUGGGCGAGCCAAGAAUGAAGUGGAACGAAUGAUUGUGAAGGAGGAGAGUCAACGCUACCAUGAUAUUAUCCAGGGUGACUAUGGUGACCACUACCGCCUGCUGACCUACAAGGGGUUGGCUGGCCUCUACUGGAUCAAUAAGCACUGUUCUCAGGUUCCCUGGACUCUUCAUGCUGAUGACGAUACACACAUUGACAUCUUCCUCUACCACCAGGCCCUUAACGAGCUUAAUGAAGAAUCAAGGCAGAAUUUUGUGUGCAGUCAUAUGUAUGGGCCAGCAAUAAGGUCAGGCAAAUGGAAAGUCAGGUAUGAGGAGUACCCAGCCAAGAACUACCCACUCUACUGCUCUGGCGGGGCAUGGUUCUUGCAGACAAAGUUUAUUCCCCGCCUCUUAGAAGCAUCCAAAGUAGUCCCUUUCCUGUGGGUGGAUGAUGCCUACAUCAGUGGCCUUUUGGCUAAACAGGCCGGUAUUAAACAGUUACCCUUCCAGAAAUAUUAUGGUGGUCCACGUAUCAAGAUGGAAACCCUUGGACACGAGGUCGUCUGGUUCAUUAAAUUUGCUCCUCGCUCAAUCUGGUGGAACAAUAUUGUCAACUAUCAUCGAAAUUAUUCUAUGCAUAAUCCAGUAACUCUGCUUCCAAAAGAAGCAUUCGUUCCAAAAUAAGUGAAUAAUCCAGCUCGAUCAACCUUACAUUGAUUGAUAAGGUACAAGCCAAAUUAGUACUCAGUAUAAAAGCAUAUAUAGUACAGUGAAACCUCUAUUUAAUGGACUAUAUAGAGAAGAAAGACCAUUAUAUCGAGGGUCCAUUUUAUGUGAAACCUCCAUCUAAUGAACUCCAUAGAGAUGAAAGUCCCUUAUAUCGAGGGUCCAUUAGAUGUGAAAUCCUCAUCUAGCAGAAUACAUGGAAAGAAAAGUGCGUUAUGGUUUGAACCUACUACUCGCAAAGUCCAAAGACUUUCAAGAAGUUGCUGGGAUAUAAACAAACCUAUUUUAACUUGACUCUGGGUCUUGAAAAUCUGUAUGUAAUGGUUUUUUAUUCAAAGUACAGUAUUGUACAGGUACUGUAUGCUUAAAAUUAUGUUCCUGAAACACGAGGAGGCAGUCUAAUGCUUCCGAGGUGUGAGGACAUUCCCGAGGCAUGAUUAUGAGGACGUUCACACACAUCUAAAACGGGAGGAGAGAACCAACUCACCAAAAACAUUGAUCUCUGAUACUGAGCUGUGACAAGGUCAACACUGAAAAUUUGAAGAUCAAAUGGUUCUCUGCCAAAAACGACUAAUCAUAAUCGCCUCUUAGGCAUUACGGACCUAAGCAUUAUGGUUGCAGCCCAUUAAAAUGAGUGAUUUAUUAAAACUGUAUCAUGAGUCAGGUCUUAUGUAAACAUGUAAACCACCAGGACAAUAGCCCCAUGUAAUGGUCUUGCCGGCUCCCUUCCUAGUCACCACCCACAAGAUGAUGUUAUAGCGUGUAAUUCAGCUUUGCUAGGUGGUGGUGUGCCCACAACAAAUUAAAUGAUGUAUUUUACCAUUAGACUUAAUUAAUGGAAGUGAAUGUAAUUAUUAAAGUGAACGUAACCAAA